AUGACGUCUCUUUAUAGAAAAUUUUUGUUCAAGAAAAAAUUAAAACAAAGGAUUGAUGAGCGAGUAUACAAUAAGAGCGACUACGACGCGUCGUAUGCGCCGACGAAGAAAGUCCUAGGAUGGGUGGCCAUCCGUAUGACACACAACAUCUCUGAGAAAACCACUAUGCUAUGGGAUAUGUUCUACUGGUUCGAGAUGAUGAACCUAUUCCUGGUGGGUCCCUCGGAGCUGGUCAGCAUGUUGACUACUGCCUACGAGGCGAAGACCUUUCGGGACUCCAUCAAGGUGUUCCGUACGAUGCCCUGCUUCGGAUGUGUCGUACUAUCGAUGUUCAAGUCAAUCAAGAUGGUGGUCCACCGGCCUGUGUACGAGAACCUGGCCAACGAGCUCCGCGAGAUGUGGCCGGAGGGCGAGGUCUCAGAGGAAGAACACCAGAUCAUCAGCGCCGCGCUCAAACAACUCAACUUUAUUGUUAAAGGCUACUACUGGUGCAACAACGCUUUACUGAUCAGCUUCCUGUCUCCUCCCUACUUCAUCACCCUGGCGCGCUACUUCGGGUACGACUCUCCCAUGGGACUCCACUUCUUGUACUGGUUGCCCUUCGACCCUUACCAGUCGGUCUACUAUGAGAUCACGCUCGUUUUACAAACCUGGCAUGCGUUGGUGGUGAUCUGGUUCAACGUGGCGUGGGACAUGUUGUUCUGUCUGUUCCUCUGCCACAUCACCACACAGUUCGACCUGCUCGCCAGGAGGGUACAGAGACUGUUCUACGUUCAGGUGGACAACCAACUCGUCCGCUCUUAUCCCAUGGCAUCUGUAAGCAGGGAGUUCAUUCAAACCGAGGGAGAGCGAGUGAACUCGUAUGGCGCUCAGUACUGGGAGGCCAGACAUCAGAAGGAGAUCACUGAAAUUGUUCUACGACAUCAUUCUUUGAUCAGGUUGACGGGUGACGUGGAGAAUAUGUUCAGUCUGGCGUUGCUGAUCAACUUCAUGAACAGCUCCAUCAUCAUCUGCUUCUGCGGGUUUUGUUGUGUUUUGAUCGAGAAGUGGAACGAGGUGGCGUACAAGUCGUUCCUAGUGACAGCACUGUCACAGACCUGGCUGCUCUGCUGGUACGGACAGAAGCUCAUCGACUCUAGUCAGCGACUAGCAGACGCUCUAUAUGGCUGCGGUUGGUACAACUCUUCAAAGAGGGCGAGGAGUGCUGUGCUCAUCAUGUUGCACAGGGCUCAAAAGGGUAUUUACGUGACGACACACGGAUUUUCAGUAAUUUCUCUCGCCAGUUACAGCACGAUUAUCAAAACUGCAUGGUCUUACUUCACUCUGCUUCUCAACUUCUUCAAAGAGAAAAGUGUUAAUUAA